AAUUCCAACGAAAUGACAAUAUGGAUGGAGAAGAGAUACAGAUUACACAGAAAAGAAAAAGAAUACAAAGUGAACAAGACAAAACCAGACCUGAAUUGAAAAAGCAGAAGAAAGGCAAAAAAGGAAAUACGAAGAACAUGACAACUAGACGCACCAUAUAUAGCUCAUAUGUAUAUGGCUAUAUAUGUCAAAAGAAACAGAUAUUGUAUUCUAUAAUACAGGAAUUAAUAGAAAUCAUUUUCUUUUUUGAGUUGAUUUGUUAUAUACAUGAGUUAUCAUAUUUGUUGUGGCUAUUUUACCUAGCAGUUGAACAACAUAUGGUUUCAACAGCAACAGUACAAUUAUGUUUUAUUCAAAAUAAUGUGCAUGCUUUAUUAUGUAAUUUUCAAGAAUUUAAAUUUUCUACCUGUGCUGUACUGACAUUAAACAGUUUGUAGUUAUGUUUUCUCUUGAAAAAACAUUGAUUUCUAUCUCGUUUACUUUCCUUUAAUUUGGUGGAUUCACGAAUACGUGAUAGCGUGAUCACCCCGAGUGCGAGAGGUCUUAGGUUGGAACCCGGCUGGAUGAAAACAGAGAUUUUAUAAUUUGUAUUUGUUGCUUCUCCGCUUAGCACGCAGCAUGAAGGAGUUUGAUUAAAGGAUUGAUUGGCUCGAAGUGAUAAUGCUAUGACCGUUUCUGUGGACUGUUAUCUUUU